GACAACCCGGCCGAAGUAGCCGCUCUUCGCCGCUCUUCGCGAGACACCGCACGAGACGCCUGACGUGUGAUGUAACACUGUGUUUAAAAAACCAAGCGACGAAAUGGUGGUCGUCGACAAACGCAGGAAUCUCAUAGUUUCCACGGCGGGGCACUUCUUCAGCGCGUCCGUGCAACAUGACGAGGAGAACCUCGAGGAUCGCCAGAUUCUCGAUCGUUUCCUGGAACAGUCGUCGUGCAGGACUCUAUGCGUCAGACCGGUCGAUGCCGACCGCGAUCAAGUUCAUUUAAAAUUGAGCACCGAAUUGCCCGCUGGUAGAAACACUUUAGUCUUCUUUAAGGUGACAGCGGCGGCGGUCACGGAAGAGAACUUUCACGACGUGGUCCAGGUGGCCUCGACCGGCUGUGGGGACGGAUCGGUACUAAUCGAAGGCCUGCGUCAGGUAUGGGCGCCGACCCUUCGUUCGUCCGGUUUAAGUACGUCAUGUUUGAAGAAAUUGGAGGAGAGGCUGCUCAACUCCGGAUUUUCGACUACCGUCGCCGAGGAAGAGGAAUUCUGGAAGCGGAAACGAGACGAGGCCAAACGAUCGCACGAGAGAGCGAAUUGCGAGGAAGCUGCCAAGUUCGUGAAGAACAUUAGGAUCGAACUCGAGAGCGCCGCGGUGUCAAGAGAUGGGUUAAUCGCUGUGGAGGAAGCUUGCGAAGCUAUUUCCGCAUUCGUGGACGAUCUGUGGAAGUUAGGAGGACCGGCGUAUACUGAGGAACGAAUGAAAUCGUUUCUCGAAGUGAUCGGAAACGAAGUAGUCCAGCUGAUACAAAGUAAUCUCGAUGCGGUCGACACGACCGACGCUCGUGCAAAGGACGAAAUGAUCGCACUCGGAGCAACGGUGUGCGAAAAGUGGGCGAACGCCACGCAGGAGUUGACGGAGCUUUUCUGGCCGCAUCAUUCGCUCCAUCCUUGGCGCGGACCGAUCUUCGUGCCCGAGAAAUGCUCGAAGCUCGGCAGAAGCCUCAGGCAGAUAUCUGAGUUACGUGCGCAGCAUCGUCAAUUAAGCAGACUUCUGACUCCGAGCGAGAGAUCUGUACUUGGUAUCGAGAAAUUGCUCCAGACGUUCGAUGACACGAGAGUUGCUCUGGGCGAUGAUGAACGGGACGAUGAAUGGAAUAGAUUAAGACGUAAGAUCGAGGAGGGUCUAGUGCCAGCCGAAGAACGCGUUGCUCAAAAGUUAAAGGACCAUAUUGCCGACGCUGAUACGCCUAGUGCUCUAGUAGCCGAAUUUGGAAGAUACAGCGAGCUGAUGAAGAGGGAAGGGCUUAAGAGAGCAUUACGCGGAGAACGAGAGUCGCUGCUCGCGGCAUAUCGUGAUCUAAUCGAGAAUCGUUUGGCUGGUCCCGACACGGAAUAUCUUCUCGAUGCUCCUAAAGUACUACAAAAGAUUCAAGCUGCUAGAUCCGCGGAGGUACGGCUAGAAAGUCUAGAUAAAUUAGGGAAAGAGUUGCUCGCUGAUCUACCGGGAUACGAAGAAGUGGCGGCGCGUUUAUCGAGCGCGAUGAAAGAAGCCGAAGAGAAAAGACGAGAUUUGGUUGACUCAUGGGUUAACACCACCAAGGACGACAUAGCCAAGAGGGAAUUAAGCUUGGGCACCGAUUCGGCAGUGGUUGAACUCACCGGCACUAGCAUGAUGCGAGUGACCUAUGAUCCCCGAUUGAUGACUUUAAUCAGAGAAGCCAGAGCAUUGUCCGGCGAGGGCGUCGAGUUACCGAGGGAGAUUAGAGAAUUGGUUGACAGAGCCGCGUCUUUAGCCGGACGAGCUAGAGCUCUUCAGCAGGUCGCCACCUUUCACAACACAAUUGGUGAUCGAAUGGUACCCUCUCAGAGGCCUCUUAUGUUGACGAUAGCUCUCGAAUUAGCGCGAGCUGUUCAGGAGCAAUCGGGUGUCGUUUGGUCCGAUCCUCAUCUCGUCGACGUGUACACCGCUAGAUUGAAAGAGUUGGUAGUAAAGUUUGCUCGGCAAAACUCGGAAUUGAUCUCGAAGCACUCUACUCUGCGAGAUUACGUGUCAAGCUUGUUGAAAGGCGACGCUGUGCACCUUGUCGGAAAUCAGAACGUAUGGAAGGAGAUGUUGACGAGCAUGAGGGCGAUUGUCGAUGCGGUAGAUGCGGAAUAUGGUAACGCGAAAGCUUGGAAGCUGCAUUGGGAUCGGCAACUCCUAAAGGUGUUGGGUGUAGCAUACAGAAAUGCCUUGCCGUCUUUGUCGAAGAAGCUAUCUGAGAUUCGAGUGGAGCUCACUUUUCGGGACGGAUCCCUACAGUGGAGACCACCGCUCGAGGAUAUUCGCGCCAAGUUAUACUCCGGGAUACGCCGAUCGCUUUCCAUCCCGGUGAACUUUAGAGGCGUCGGAGACGUCGCCGAUGCGCACUUUGGCGAUUUGGUGCAGAAAAACGCCUAUCUAUUCAGCGGCGUUUACAAGCAAGUCGAAAUCGCUCUAGCCACUCUCGAAUUGUUUAGGACCAAGUGGCUGAGUCUAGCAACACCGGCCAAUAUCGACGUUGGAGUACAAUUGAAAGGUAAACCUCCCCAAGAAUGGGCAAAAGCUUUUAAGGAGGCGAAACAAUGGGCCCAAGAGGUCGGGAAAUUACGCGGUUGCGAGGUAAAAAUCUCGUGCAUAUGCGUCGACACGGCGACGACGAGAAACGAUUUGGAGACCGCGUCACGUCAUUACUGGGAACGGUUGUGUUCCGAUCUGAGAGCGGAAGCGUCCUCGCGACUGGUGGCUAUCGUGGACUUCCUGUCCUUCGCGUCCAAGGAGCUCGAACGCAGGCCGCGCGACGUCGAAGAGGUUGGAUUAGCUUACGAGGCUCACGCGCGCAUCGAGCAACAGUCAGCCGGAAUCGCCGAAGAGAUGGAAGUCGUCGCCGUGCUUGCUAAAGUUAUGGCAGCUUGGACCAGUGAAAAGCUCGAUGGCGUUAAUGCGGCUCACGCCGCUUGGCAGGACUUGGGCGACCGUUUGGAAAAACACAAGUCCGUUAUGGCGCGUCUGUUGGAAGACGCUAAAGUUAAUCUUCGUCAUAGGGCGAUAGCGCUAAGGGACGAGAGAGAAAGGUGGCAGGCCAAGUGGUCCACGAGAUCGGAGAAUCUCACGCUCGAUUGGCUGAUGUCGAUGAAGGAACGUUGGCUCAAUCUAAAUGGGCAGCUGGAUUCCUUGAAAGCGGACUGCAAAAGAAUAUCUCUGGACCUCGAGAGUGUACUGGACAACGAUGACCUUGAUCUGUCGCAAGUGGAACGUGAAUUAGAAACCGAAGAGUCAAAUUACAGAUUCCAAUCCGAGUUUUUGGAGGAGCUGAAAAAUCAAGAGACUGAAGAGUGGGCCGUAGCUAGGAGACGAUUACCAAGACUUCACGAUUGGCUCGAUUCUUGGCAGAAUAAGAUUCGGUUGCAUAACAAUUUGGAGGUUGAUACCUUUGUCGGUAGAAAGAUUAAAGAAGUCAGAUCUGCGAUCGAAUCUAUUCAACCGCUUCGGGGAGACGAGAUCGCCGACGAGCAUUGGACCGAGUUAAUUCCUAUACUGGGCUUGAAGGUUGAAAAUCCACGGAAAAUCACUUUGGGCCACUUGCUCGCUUGUACAAAGGCGCUGAAGGAGAACGAGGAUCGAAUGAAAGAAAUAACGAAACGAGCGAUCUCAGAGAGCGGGAUUCGACAGGCGUUAAUAGACCUAGAGAUCUGGGAAAGUACGGCGUCACUUCCGUUGCAAGAGUCAAUCGACAGCAAGAAUAUGAAGAUCUUACUCGUCGGAGACUAUGGCAGUCUGUUGGCGAAAAUAGAGGAAUUGAGACUCUUGCUGGAAGGAGCGAAAGGCACAUCAGGACACGAUAGGUUUGCGUCCAGAGCCGCGCGCUGCGAAGCGUCCCUAUCGGAGCUCGAGGAAAGAAUUAAGGCACUUAGCAGCGUGCAAAGGAAGUGGCUCUACUUGGAUCCGGUCUACGGAAGUGGAGCGGCUCCCAGUGACUCCGGGAGAUGGUCUAGGGCUGACAAGGAAUUUAGACACCUCAUAGGAGAAGUAUCCCGAGAUCCCAGAGUGCCAUCCUUGAGACAACUUCCAUUGCCAGCUUUAACAAGUUUAAAAGAUCUAUUAGACAGAUGUCAGAAAUCCCUGGACGAAUUUUUGGAGGAGAAACGAGCGGCUUACCCAAGAUUAUAUUUUCUUAGCGAUGAGGAUCUUCUAGAACUGGUAUCGGGUAGUGGAAGAGGCUUGGAAGCGCAUUUGCCAAAGUUGUAUCAUGGCGUUGGUUCAGUAGUAAAGGAGAAUAAUUCAUUAACGGCGAUCGCGUCGCCCGAGGGAGAGAUAUUAAAGUUACCAGAAGCUAUCGAUCUCACGGAACCUUUACCGCGGUGGCUAGAUAAUCUCGAAAAGGGAAUGAGAAACGCUCUCCGUCAGAAUUUGGAAAAGUGUUUAAAUGAUUCAGCGCCCGAUCCGUCCGUUUAUCCCACGCAAAUAUUACUACUGUCGGAAAGAAUAGGAUUUACCGAGCGUUGCGAACGCGCUCUAAAGGAAGGCCGCACGUCUCUGCAGAAGCUUGUCGAAUAUUUGGAAACGCAGAGGGCAAGGUACAGAGGACUGGAGGAUGCCGGUGACAAGCUGACCGCGCUGAAAGCGCGCGGGCUUCUUCUGGACACCGUUUAUCAUCUGCAAGUGGCCCGAACAUUGUUGAGAACCGUGGUAACGGGCGAGAACGCUGACUGGGCGUGGUAUAAACAACUGAGGAGCUACAAAACUAAUCAAGGAACGUAUGUGGUACGAUGCGCCGGUGCAGAGUUACCAUAUCGCUUCGAGUACCAAGGAGCAUCCAUCGGCCUGGUGAGAACUCCCCUGACGGAGAAGUGCUUUUUAGCUCUCACGCAAGCUAUGAAGCUUGGAUUGGGUGGAAGCCCGACCGGUCCCGCUGGAACCGGGAAGACUGAGAGUGUUAAAGCUCUAGCAUCUGUUCUGGGUAGACUAGUUCUCGUUUUUAAUUGCGACGAAGGAAUGGACACCGGCAGUAUGAAGCGUAUCUUGGGUGGCUUGGCGCAAGCUGGCGCUUGGGGUUGCUUCGACGAAUUCAAUCGUCUCGAGGAGGACACUCUGAGCGCGGUAUCGAUGUUGGUCAGACCGCUUCAAGAGGCGCUACGAAACGGCUCAUCCGAGAUCCUGCUGGACGAUCAAAAGAUCAAGCUGGAUCCUCACUGUUGCAUCUUCAUCACGAUGAAUCCAGCUGGGAGCGAGUACGGCGGCAGGCGAAAGCUACCGGAUUCCUUGGCGCGUCUCUUCAGGCCUAUCAGCAUGGCGCAUCCGGAUAAAACAGACAUUGUCAGGACUCUGCUGGAGUGCGCCGGUUUCCUAGAGGCGGCCACCCUCGGCAAACGGCUCGUGGAGGCUCUCGACAUUGCCGGGACCAUGCUUUCCGAGCAGCCGCAUUAUGAUUGGGGACUGAGAGCGCUUAAAUCUGUGCUCGAUGAUCUGCGUCCGAUUGCCGGCGCCGAUGAGACCACCAGGCUUCUCGUUUCGAUCAGAGCAUCAACUCUUCCAAAACUGACGGAAGCAGAUAUGACGAAAUUCCUGUCGUUGCUGGAUGAUCUCUUUCCGAAGGCUAACCUUCCCUUAUCGGUUUCCACUGAAAGCGAAGAUUUGGUCGUCGCGUUGUUAAAGAUCUGUGAAACGCGAGGAUUGACGAAAGAGAUUGCCAACAGAUGCGUUCAGUUGAACGACCUGUUGAAGAGUAGAACCGGUGUCGCCAUAGUCGGUCCACCGGGUAGCGGAAAAACGUCGAUCAGAUCGUGUUUGGCUGACGCGAUGGCGAAAAUCGGCGAACCCGUUCAGCAGAUUAUCGUUUAUCCUGGCGCAAUACCAAAGAGCAGAUUGUUAGGUCACGUGAAUCCGCGAACGAGAGAAUGGAAGGAUGGUGUCCUGUCGAGUGUGGUAGCAUCAGCUGGGAAUUCUGCGAUCUGGAUCAUCUUCAAUGGGGAUGUAGAACCGGAAUGGGCAGAGGCGUUGAAUUCAGCCCUAGAUGAUAAUCGAUUGCUAACGUUACCCAAUGGAAUAGGAAUUAAGCUUGGUAACAAUACAAGGUUCAUCUUCGAGACCCACAAACUCGCCGGUGCCAGUCCAGCGACAGUAUCCCGUUUGGGCGUUUUGCAUCUUGGCUCAACAAAACCGACGUCCUUAUUGGUACCGUGGCGCUUAGAACAACUUUCGUCAACCGCUGCAGAGAUCGCAAAUACUCAUUUAUGUUCAUGCAUUGACGAAACUCUGAAGAUAAACGUUGACACUUCGUCCGCAUCCGGUUUGAUAACCGCCACGCUGUGUCAUCUUCAAAAAGCGGAGACAUUUGCUCAGGCUACUCAGGCUCUUCUGAUCUCGUUAUGUGGUCAAGUGAAAGAUGCACGAUCCAAAGAUGAUUUGGCGAAAUUCAUUUAUGGAUCAACCGAAAGUUGGUGUCCCGAUCCACAGAAGCCAAGCGCGGUUAUCUACGAUCCCGAAACGGAUCGAUUGGUGCCGUUCAGCGAUACGUACGAAUCUAUUGAUACCGAUUACGGGCCCAUCUCGAUUUCUGAUCGCAUCAAGAAAGCAUUAGCGGCUAUUUUACCCUGGAUAGAGGAGGGCCAUCCGAUCAUGAUUCGUGGACUCGAAGCUUGCGGUAAAAACGCUUUAAUCGACAUUGCAUUGGCGAGAAUAAAAAAUCAGGAUACCACGACUGUGAUACGAGGCUCCUCGCUUUACGGUCCUGACGAUCUCGUGAAUCGUUUGAAGAAAGCCUGCUUACGUUUGGACUCUUCUUCGCAGGGUAGAACGUACAAGCCGAGAAACGGAUCUCGAGUGCUUCUUAUCUUGGAAGAUAUGCAUCUCGCAGCUAAAGACUUACAGGAAUUGGUGAGAGAAUUGCUUCAAGAAGAAGGUUUUCUCGAGGAAGAUCUCGAAUUUUCUAAAAUAUCUUUGACGAUCAUAUGCACUGCCGAUGUAACUACUCGAUUACACCCAAGACUCGAAGCUUUAUUUGCAACUUAUUAUCUGGAAUAUCCAAGUCAAAAGGAUGUCGCAGCCAUUCUUGAACUUCAUCUAAGGACUGCUUUAAAACAAGUUGACUUUGUUAUGGCGGAGUCAUGGAUCGCUCGAAUGAAGCCUAGUAUUCUGGACGCUUUUCGAUCUGUAAGUUCUGCCCAGGAAUCAUCUUUCAACUGGACUCUUAAGGAUAUUGUUACGUGGGCAAAGCUUUUAAAGUAUUAUCCUAUUCCUGAAAAUGAAACAUACAUCACUCGUUACUUGUUAAACAUUGGACAACGUCUAUUUCGUGCAAGAUUAACUCCCAAGGCAUUAACGCGGUGGGAAUCUUUGUUAAUCUCGAAAGAUUCCGAGGUAAAAGAUUUCAACAAUGAUAUAUAUGCGUGGAAGAGCGCGAACACUGGGCUGUAUCCUUUGAGUGAAGAGCAGUGGCGAGAAGAGAUAAUCAACGCAGCGGCUAGAUGCGACAGAGAAGGGCAACCAGUGCAGGCAUCGAUCUCAUCUUAUCUUUUGGAAAUCGUAGCUGGAUUGAGUUGGGCCAUUGGGUGCGAUUUCCGUGGUAUAAUUCUCGUUGGACGACCGGGAGCGAGCAGAAGAUCAGCGGUUAAACUGGUUGCAACCUUUUCUUCCCUACAACUGAUCGACUCAGGACCUGAACGCGGUAAAGCGGCAAUAAAGAGUGCCGUGCAAUCAGCCGGCAUCGAGAAUCAACCGACCUUGCUCUUGUUGGAGGAACAUCAUGCCAGGGAGGAGAGCUUAGCCGUGAUGGUGAGCGCCAUAGUAUCUAAAGGAGAAGUUCCAGGUCUUUACACGGCGGAGGAGCUUGACGCGCUCGUCGCACCGCUCGCCGAUCUGGCCAGAAGGGAAGAUUUUCAAGGAACGCUGGAACAAUAUUUGUAUCAUCGCUUACGCAAGUAUCUCCGAAUAGCGAUGAUCUUGGAUUCAGAAGAGAUCGAAUCAUCGUCGCUGCUGCGUCUCGGCAUCCUUCGACAUUGCGCGCUACUCGGAUCUGGGCCUGGUGGUCCCGAUGAAUGGUGGUCCAGAGAAAGCUUACUAACCAAAAUGGCAAUUCAGGAGGGUACUUUGCAACUGGACGAACUGGAGGAGCUACCCCAAAGCGCAAAGGUCAUAAUCGGAGCACAUCUUCAGGCACCACGUAAUCAAAGGACACCGGCGCGGUUUCUCGCUCUGGUGCACAUCUGGAGACAUCUCCGUGACACGUGGAGCAAGGAGGUCGAAGGAAAGUUGGGAUCUUUCGAAGCCGGUAUUAGUAAGCUAAGAGAAGCCGGCGAGCAAAUAGCUAAGUUGGAGGACGAGGUGUCCAGGCAACGCCAGGAACUUGAGGUGCAAAAGGGGAGAGCUAAUGCAGCCCUUGAACAAAUCACCGCCACAAUGAGAGGCGCAACUAAUCAAAGGGGAGAAAUGACAACUUUAAAAGCCAGCACGGAGCGAGAGAGCAUCGAACUCGCGCGGCGUAAGGCGGACAUAGAAAGUGAACUAGGGAAGGUCGAGCCUCUGGUGUCGCAAGCUGCUCAAGCGGUGGCGGGUAUAAGUGCCGAUGCAUUGGCCGAAGUUCGAUCCUUGAGAGCACCACCGGCGCCGGUGAGGGAUGUGCUCGAGGGUGUUCUUCGGCUGAUGGGUAUAAAGGACACGUCUUGGAACAGCAUGAAGACCUUCCUCGCUAAACGAGGUAUCAAGGACGAAAUUAGAAAUUGGGACGCGAGACGUAGUACGCCCGCGAGUUUAGAGGCAGUUGCCAAACUGGUGAAGGAACGUCCGGAUAGCUUCGAAGAGAAAACCGCGAAGAGAGCCUCGGUAGCGGCCGCACCGCUAGCCGCUUGGGUACUCGCGAAUCUUCAAUACGGUCAAAUAUUGGAGCAAGUCGCCCCUCUCGAACGAGAACAACGUCAAUUAGCAGAACGAUUGGCGGCGGCUGAGGCACAGUUGGGCCAGUUAACAACGGGAUUAAAUACGGUGGAGAGCCGUGUGGCGCAGCUUCAGAAGGAACUUGCCGAGCACACGAGGAGUGCCGCUGAAUUGCAACUGAAAACCGAAUCUACCGAGGCCAGUCUUUCGACGGCGCGUGCCUUGUUGCAGAAGCUCGAUACCGAACAUCGCGACUGGCAAACACAAUUCCAGGAGUUGACUGGUAGAAAAGAACGAUUGGACGUUGAGGCAGCUAAUGCGGCGGCUCUACUCGUAUAUCAGGAUCCCGAGAGAGAUGACAAUUGGAAGAAAUCAGCGAUCAAGUUACUGGUAACUGAACGGGAGAGAUUAUUGUGGAGAGCACAGGGUUUGCCAGCAGACACGAGCAGCUUGGUCGCGGCCUCUCGUGUACUGAAAGGACCCCUGGUGCCUAUUUUCCUUGAUCCCUCGGGAGUAGCUGUCAGCUGGAUCAAGCGUAAUUUUGGCACCAAACUUGAGAUAACCCAGCCUGAAAAUUCUAAAUUUUUGACGGCUCUGGAGCUUGCUGUGCGUUUCGGGAAACCUCUAUUGAUCGAAGAACUGGUCAAGUUUCCGUCGAUAUUAUUACCCAUGCUUCGUCGGAGACCACUCAGAUUGGGCGAUCGCAUUCUGCCGGCACAGGAAGGCUUUCAACUCUUCCUGGCCACUAGGAAGGAUCGGUUGGAAGAUAUUCCGAAAGAAGCUGACGCUGUGCUCUGCGAAAUAACGCUCGGCGCCGGCAUAAAAAGCUUGGCGGAGAGAUUUGUGGAGAAGCUUCUAUUAAACGAAACGCCGGAGCUCGAGGCGCAGAGAAGAGAAGCCUUAGAAAGGGAAGAAAGAUUGUCCGGAGAACGGGACGCGGCUAGACUGGAUAUGUUGAGCCAAUUAGCUACAGCCAGAGGCCAAGAUCUCUUACAAGAAUCCCAAGAACAAGGAGGCCUCUUGUCUUCGUUGGAAGCAACGCAGGCCAAGGCGAAGGAGAUAGCGAUCGCACUCGAAGAAAGCAGACAAAGUUUGAACGAAGUCUCAAGGCGUGCCGAAGAUCACGAAAAGUACGCGCAGUUCGCCGCUAAUGUUUACGAGACUAUCAAAGGGUUGACACUUCUCAGUUCUUUGUACGUCGUCUCUACCGAAGCUUACACCGAUAUCUGCUUGAAAGCGGUGCAAAACGACGUUUCUUUCACGAAUGAAGACAAAGAAAAGAGGGAACCGGGAGAUCUAAUCGAGAAACGGUUGAUCACGCUGACGUUCCAUCAUUGCGCGAAGGCAGUCUACAGGAAGCAUAGACUUCCACUGGCGUUGCACAUGGCGCUAUCGUUAAAUCCAGUGUCGGAUAUCGAGAGAAAUCUCUUGUUCGACGGCGGCACGAUUGGCAACGCCGAUAAUUCCGACUUCGAGUUACCCGAAUGGAUACCGGACGAACGACGCGAAGCCGUGCAAGCCUUAGGUUCUUCUCUACCCAAUGUAGCGGCUAGGAUGAAAUCUUCGUGGCUGAACAAUAUUUCUGAUAUUUAUGCGGACAACGGACUCAGCGCUUUUCAAAAAGUUUUGGUUGUGAAGGCUCUACGACCUGAUUACUUGCACACCGCUCUUUCCAAAUUAGCUGCAAAACAAUUGGGUGUGAAAGAUCUGGCACCGCCUCUAUGGUCCUUGAGCACGAUCGCCCAAGAAAAGGGGUCUUAUCCCGUGCUGUUGUUCUUAUCGCCGGGUACGGAUCCCGGUCCCGAGCUCAGUGUACUAGCGGAGAAACAUACUUCCGCUGGAUUUACGGAAGUUUCUCUAGGCCAAGGACACGUCACUCAAGCCGAAUGGGCAUUGGAAGCCGCGUGCAGGAACGGUGGUUGGAUAUUGUUGAGCAACUUACAGCUUGCUUUAAAUUGGCUGCCGCGAUUGGAAAGUUUACUUCGCUCACCGAUGUGUACCACAAACAAGAAUUCCUCCACGAAGAUUUGGCUGAGUACCGAGGAGUGUUCCGGAUUCUAUCCGGGAUUAGCGGGGCUCUGUUUGAAAUUGGCGUACGAGCCGCCCGAAGGCGUCAGGAGGAACGUGAGAAAAUCGCUUCAGCAGCUGCGACAGUCGCAACGUAACGACGACAGUGUCGCGUCUACUACAUUGGUACUCGCCUGGUUACACGCGACGCUUCAAGAACGGCGAAAUUUCGUUCCUCAAGGCUGGAUUAGACCGUACGAGUGGAACGAGUCGGAUCUCGAGGCUGCCUACGAGCUGGUGGUAAAGGAUGCGGCGAAAGACAAACGAUCGCAGCAAGGAGACUGGCAGAUUGGCAGAGGUUUACUCGACGUUGCGGUUUACGGCGGCCGGCUUCAGGACGAGUAUGACGCAAGGGCGUUGCGCUCGAUGAUACGCAACGCGUGGUCCAGAGACAUUUUCGAGGGACGCCGCAAGCUGGGAGACGCGUUGAAAGUGACCGACAUGACGAUGGGCGAUCCGAUCAAGUUAUUGGAGAAUUUGAACGACGUCGAUUCGCCGAAAGACUACUUCGGACUUCCUGCUAAUGCUCAUAGGGCGUGGGAAAGGGCUGCCGCGGAAAAAGCCCUGACGUAUCUCAAAGGUAUCUUGAUGAAGCCUUUCAGCAACGUCGAAGGAAACGCCAAUCAAUUAGACAAGUCGAAAGUUCAACAGGAUUUAAAGGAAGUUAUGGAACGACAGUGCUCCUUGACGUUCACAGGUGACGCAGGUACCAUGAACGAGGGAAAGGGGAAUCCUUUACAGGACUUUUUCAUCGACGAGAUCGAUCUUACGAAAAAGUUAUUGCACGUUAUACGAGCGGACAUGGACGCGUCGUCUUUCGAAAAUAACGAGACCCCCAAGCAUUGGCUCGCGGAAUGGCGAACGGGCCCGAGGAAUGCCAUUCAAUUCACAAAGGCGCUUUUGUCUAAAUACGAGGCGCUAAAAUCUUCAGCGGUAAACGUACCCCGUCGAGUCGAUCUGUCCCAACUGUCUCGACCACAAGCUCUUCUAACCGCUUUGAAGCAACACACCGCGCGAGAACUCGGUCAUGCGUUGGAAACACUUCAUCUCCGUGCCAAUUGGACCGAGAAUCGUACGAACAAAGAGUGGAAGGUAUCGCUCCAGCUCGAAGGUUUACUCGUAUCAGGAGCCUCGAUCGAGGAAGGUGUCUUAAAAGAUCUGGACGUAAAUUCGGCAGCGGUCGCAGUCGCUCCGACGUGCCGAGUGGCGUUUAUGCCGGAGGAAUACACGGACGGUAAAUCCAACGACGACAGUCUUUACGCUCUCGAAGAUACGUAUCGGCAAGAUUAUCUAAACAUACCGGUUUAUACAAGUGCUCAACGAGAAUCGCUAAUUUGUUCGUUACCAAUCACGUGCCCGCGAGAAGAAUGCGACGCGUGGUUACGCCGUGGCGUCAUCCUGUAUCUGAGAUAAGUAGCUUUCGUAAUUGUCCCCGAUUAAAAUGAUGAAGAUGAAGAUGCACGAUUUGCAAGUAGCACCAGACCAAUUAAAUCAGACCUUUAACAGGCAUAAACAGUUCUUAAUUACUGUUAAAUGUAAAUGUUAGCUAAAUAAGAAUAUUUUAUUCACAUUUUGUAUACUCACAUUUAAUCUUGAUAAGAAACGUAGGUUCCUAAAAGGCGUUUUAAACUUUUCAUUUAUUUCUUCAUAAAAUAUAUUUGUUUGUCAAUAUAAUUUAGAUUAAUAAACAUAAAUUUGCAAAUAGCACUAAAUCGAAUAUUUUGUAUUGUCAAAUGUAUUGUCAAAUACCAGCAACAAAAAUUAUUUAUUUGAUUAAAAGUUUUUAUUUAUAUUUA